UCGUUUAGUUCUGCAUUUUGCUCGUUGAAUCAAUCUUCUUCGGUUCUUCCUCUCUGAUUUUCCUCCGUUCCUUCCACUUCCUCACUUCGGAAACGCACACAAGAACGCGAAAUUGAGCAACCUAUUGCCUCUCAACUUGAGGAACAAAACUACGUUUUGUCAUGGACACAUAUUCUUUGAAGUCGGUGUUCGAUUUGCCAGCACCUUUUCGUUCUUGUUUUAGUUUCAGGUAUUUUAAUUCACUUCAGAGUGAAUGCUUUCCUAUCUGUUUCCACUCUGAUGCAAACAUGGUCAUCUCGGCCCCAACUGGGAGUGGAAAAACAGUGCUAUUUGAGCUUUGCGUUUUGAGGCUUCUCUCCAGGUUCAUUUCUGCAGAUGGAAGAUUCAUACAUUCAAAGGGGUCCCUUAAAACAGUCUAUAUUGCCCCAUCUAAGGCUUUAGUACAAGAGAAGCUCCGUGAGUGGAAUCGCAAGUUUGGUCCAUGGGGAAUAAAUUGCCUGGAGCUCACUGGAGAUAGUGAAUCUUACACUUCAAGGAACAUUCACGAGGCAGAUAUUAUUCUGACUACUCCUGAGAAAUUUGAUGCAGUGUCACGUUAUGGGAUAGAAGGUGGUGGCUUAAGCUUUUUCAGUGACAUCGCACUUCUACUUAUUGAUGAAGUCCAUCUGUUGAAUGAUCCACGUGGAGCAGCGUUGGAAGCGAUUGUUAGUAGAAUAAAGAUCGUUUCUUGCAAUCCAAAAAUGAAACUAAAUCCUCUUGCUCAGGUGCGCUUGGUUGCUGUGUCGGCCACAAUUCCAAAUAUUGAGGAUCUAGCUGAGUGGAUUAAGGUUCCUGAGCAAGGGAUUAAAAGAUUUGGGGAAGAAAUGAGGCCAGUAAAGCUGACAACCAAAGUAUUUGGCUAUGCCCCAGCCAAGAAUGACUUUCUAUUUGAGAAGCGCCUUCAAAACUAUAUUUUUGAUAUUCUAAUGCAAUACUCAAGAGGAAAAUCUGCGCUUAUAUUUUGUUCAACGAGAAAAGGAGCACAAGAAGCAGCUCAGCGACUCUCUCAAAUAGUCAUGACUUUUGGUCAGACAAAUCCAUUUAUUAGGAACAGAGAGCAGCAAGAUCGCCUGAGGGAGGCUUCUCUGUCAUGCAGUGACAAGCAAAUGCAAUCAUAUAUUCUUUAUGGGGUUGGUUAUCACAAUGGUGGGCUUUGCCACAAAGAUCGCAAUCUUGUGGAAGGCCUUUUUCUCAAGGGUGACAUUCAAGUACUUUGUACCACAAAUACACUAGCCCAUGGAAUCAACCUCCCAGCACAUACAGUUGUUAUUAAAUCAACACAGCACUUCAACAAGGAAAAGGGUCUCUAUAUGGAAUAUGACCGCUCCACAAUAUUGCAGAUGUGUGGAAGGGCAGGGCGACCACCAUUUGAUGAUACAGGCUUGGUUAUAAUCAUGACAAGGAGGGAAACGGUUCAUUUAUAUGAGAAUCUCUUAAAUGGAUGUGAAGUAGUGGAAUCACAAUUGCUUCCAUGUGUGACGGAACAUUUACUUGCGGAAAUAGUUCAACUGACAGUAACUGAUAUUACAAAAGCAAUUGAGUGGUUGCAAUGCUCAUACUUGUAUGUUAGAAUGAAAAAGAACCCUGAGAACUAUUCAAUUAAGAAAGGAAUUUCUGGUGAUCGUUUAGUGAAGCAUGUUCAAGAUAUUUGUGUUAAGAAAGUUAACGAGUUAUCUCAGCACCAAAUGGUAGAGAUUGAUGAAGAUGGUUUCCUCUUGAGCCCAUUAGAUCCUGGGAGGCUAAUGACAAAGUAUUAUUUGAGAUUUGAUACUAUGAAACAGAUAAUGAGGACACCUGAAAACUGCUGUCUAGAAGAUGCACUUCAUGUUAUUUGCUCUGCAGAAGAAAUUGCUUGGAUACAGCUAAGACGCAAUGAGAAGAAGCUCUUAAAUGAGAUCAAUGCUGAUAAAGAUGGACGGCUUCGCUUUCAUAUUCUUGGAGAUAGAGGGAAAAAGAAAAAACGCAUUCAAACAAGAGAAGAAAAGAUAUUUAUUUUGGCAAAUGACUGCUUAACUGGUGAUCCUUCAGUUCAUGAUCUAUCUCUAAUUCAGGAUAUGAAUUCUAUAUGCUCAAAUGGAUGUAGAAUUGCAAAAUGCAUGAAAGAAUAUUUUAUUUUCAAACAUAAUUACAAAGGAGCUGUGAAUUCAGCUCUUCUAGCCAAAUCACUUGAUCAGAAACUUUGGGAUGACAGUCCAUACCUGUUGAAACAAUUGCCUGGAAUUGGGAUGGUUACGGCAAAGGCACUAAAUUCAAUGGGAAUUAAAUCAUUUGAGGCCCUUGCUGAAGCUGAUCCAAGAAGAAUAGAGAUAGUAACUGGUCGAAAGUACCCAUUUGGAAAUCAUAUUAAAGAUUCUCUACUGUCACUACCUCCAAAAGUUGAAAUUAAGCUUGCAGAAACUGAAAGCAAUAGACAAGGAAAGUUCAAGCUAGUAGUAACGUUGACUAGGAUAUCACAGACAACCCAGUCAGUUAAACGACAUUAUGCUGAUAUGAUUGUUGGUUUGGAGGAGGGCAACACCAUUCUUUUUCAUGAAAAAAUAAGGGUGGAUCAAUUUUCCAGCCCGUACUGUGCAACAAUUCUUGUGCCUGUCACACAAGGGAAUCAGACUAUCAAGGCUGAUUUUGUAUAUGAGGAGUAUAUUGGCAUUGAUGUUCACGAAAAGCUUCACAUGGUGAAAGCGGGAAUUUCAGUUGUUCCUUCGAAAAGAAACAAGAAGCAGGGUUUUCUUCCUCCACCCGAGGAGGUUUACGUCAUAGAAGACGACAACAUCACUAUAGCUGAUAUACCAAUGAAGAAGCUAUCCACUCUGAACAAGGAUAAGGAGGAAGAUAAUUCCAUUCCAAGUUUCAAACUCUUGGAUGAAGAGAUAGAAGAAGGUGGGCAUGCUCUUGAGGUUGAAGAUGAUGACUGCAAAAUUAUCACUGAGAAAACAGUAUUUGACCACAUACGCGAGAAGGCCAGAAACUUUUCUCUCCUAGCUGCAUUGGAUAAUAUUCGCUGUCCACCACUGGAUGUCCUUACAAGAAAUCAUGCUCGUGAGAAGAGACCUGCCAUCAGUCACGACAUACUUGUUCUGGAUGAUGCUGACACAGCAAAAGUCCCUCAAACAAAUCAGACUAAUUUUCCUGCAGAUCCCAGUAGGUUAGAAUGCAAUGAUGCCAACCUUAAACUCACUUCAAAUGACCAAAACUCAGCUGGUAGCUCAAAUGAUAUGAACCACAUAGUUGAAACAGGUGUUUUCCUCCCUGAUUCCGAAGCAAGAACAUAUGCAAUGCCAACUGAAGAAACAGUUUUUGACCAUAUAUUGAGAAAAUCUAACAAUUUUCCACAGAUUAAUAAGCCUGAUUGCCUGGAGUCAGUAAUCUGGAAAACAGAAUUAUUCUCGAAGAAUCAUCUGAACGCUGCUCUUGGUAUUGCAACAGAGAGAAAUCCAUCAGACAUGGUCACUGAUAGCAUUCUCAAUUCAUUUAUGGGAAGUGUUGAAGCGGAAAAAUAUGCAUCCGGUGUUCAAGUUGAUACUGAGAAAAAAAGGUUACUGGACUCCGCAUACUUUGAAGAGGGUGGCAAGAAGCAGCACUGCUCUUCUGGAGAAUCAAAGGAAGUGAAGUCUAGUUUAAGUGAAGCAAGACAGUCCUGUACUUUGGAAACUGCAUGCCAAAUGAAGGAAGCAGAGUCAUAUCUUGGGUUCAAAAGUGUGUUUUCAUUUCUAUGAUAUGAUGACUGCUGAUAGUACCGCAGUAAGGAACUUCGACUCGUCGAACUAACCUUUAGUUUUACGUAGGAAAACUAUCCGAGGCACAGAAGUAAAUCAUAUCGACCACUUUAUUUUGAAAUCGUAUACAAAACGUUACCUUCUGCUUCA